AACAAUAUUAUCCAGUGAACAAUACACAUGAUAAUUUAAAAAAAGAGGCACAUAGCGAUUGUCGGACCUUUUCGGAUACAAUUUCAUUUCAGGGGAAUGGAAACAAUUGAGAUUUUCUGCCAUUAAUUCAGUUUUACAUCUUUCUCCAUUCUCAAGCGUCACACAUCGCAUUUUUUAGAAUCGCAUUCGAAACAGUUCAGUUUUGUGGUUUCGUGUGUUCAACACUCAAUCGCCUUAUUUGCCACCGAGAGCGAGAGACAGGAUCAACCAAAAUUCAUCAUAUAUUACGAUCGCUUUGCGGACAGCUUGCCAGCUUGCAUUUUUUUUCGAGUGCGCUACUUUGCUCUGCAUGUAGUCAAACCAGACCGUUGUGUAAAAUAGUUCGUGGUUGAUGUUUCGGCGUCAACAGAUUUAGUGCGCAUACAAAUACAUAAGAAUUGAAUACACUGUGGACUGACUGGUGGUUUUUUAUUCUCUCGCGUUCUCAAUUUCCACCAUAAUCCGUGCGCGGUUUGUAAAUUGAUUCGUCUUUUACUGUAGCGAAAACGAUUCAACGAUUAAGAUCAGUCCAUAUUCGACAGCGACGUUAUAAACAUGGGUGACAAAUGGGCUUUGCUGGCGUUACAAAAUGGUUCUGUAAAUGGCAAUAAUUGUACUCCAGCUGCAAUAGAAGAUUUUCCGGGCGAUUUGUUUACCCGGCAACAACGGCAAGCGGGUGCUGUCGCUUUUCACAUUACCAUUAGUCUAUAUUUAUUUUUAGCUCUUGCCGUAGUAUGUGAUAAAUAUUUUGUACCGGCAGUGGAGAGAAUAAGUCAAGCACUAAACAUGUCUAGCGAUAUUUGUGGAGCUACUUUUAUGGCAGCUGCCACGUCUAGCCCCGAACUGUUUGUGAAUGUAAUCGGAACAUUCAUAACAGAAGGUGACAUUGGAAUCGGUACAAUCGUUGGCUCAGCCGUAUUCAAUAUUUUGGCUGUGGCAGCAUGCUGCGGUAUUGGAGCUGGAAUGGAUAUCCCAUUGGACUGGUGGCCACUGACAAGAGACUGUUUGGCUUAUGGAUUCACUGUAGCAGUUCUAAUUUGCAUCAUUCAUGAUGAACGCGUCGAAUGGUAUGAGGCACUGAUUCUGGUUAUAUUGUACAUCGUCUACAUCGGAAUUAUGUAUUUCGACAAAACCAUACAGAAGUGGGCCAGAGGUGGUUUGAGACAAGCACAAUCACGAUGUUCGCAAAGAGGCAGUUUGGCGUCGAAAUCAAGCCGUGAUGGAGAUCGUCCAUUGAGUGUGGAUCAUUUCAAUCAAAAUGGCAACAUCAAAAGUAUAAGUCACAUUGACGCCGAUGUAAAUGCUGAAAACGAAAAUGAUGAUAAUGUACAAAAGGCAAUACAAAGUGUAGCUGAAACGGUAAAUGAAAAGGCUUCGUUGGGCAAAUCUGAUAUUGAAUUGGUGGUUCGAGAAUCAAAGCCGAAUGAGAAAAAGGAUACGAUUGAUGUAAAAAAAAAAUCUAAUGAAGAUAGCAGAUUCUAUUUGUUUCGGUUUCCAAUGCAUAAACGCAUCUGGCAACAGUUUUUUUGGAUCAUAAUCUGGCCAAUGGAAGCUUUGUUCUUUUUCACUAUUCCAAAUUGUGAGCACAAACGGUUUAGAAAUUUGUUUCCAUUAACGUUUCUUAUGUGCAUCGUCUGGAUUGGAUCACUUUCGUAUUUGGUUGCAUGGAUGAUCACAAUAGUCGGUGACACAUUGAAUAUUCCUGAUUCGGUAAUGGGCAUCACAUUCCUAGCAGCUGGGACUUCCGUGCCAGAGGCCGUCUCAAGUGUGAUUGUUGCUAAACAAGGUCAUGGAUCGAUGGGAAUCAGUAAUUCGAUUGGUUCGAAUACAUUUGAUAUUUUGCUGUGUUUGGGUUUGCCAUGGCUCAUCAAAGCAUCGUUUCUACCGAUUUCAGAGGAUAAACAUUGGGUUGGCAUUAAUUCACACGGCUUGGAGUAUUCAGCGAUAUCUCUGCUGUCGACACUGUUAUUGCUCUACAUCGCAUUCUCACUUAAUAAGUUUAAAUUGGAUCGAAAGUUGGGCAACACUUGCUUGCUAAUGUACGCGGUUUUUCUAAUUUUAGCCACACUCAUUGAGCUUAACGUAUUCUUUAGAGUUAAUUUACCCGCCUGCAUUCAUACCAAACAAUAAAACCGAACAAUUUUUUUUUUGAAAAUUUCAAAUAAACAAUAAAUCACCAUAAUCUAUCUACUUACUGUAAGUAAAAUAAAAAUACAUUUAUAUUUGAGCAAAAUCAAUCAGAUAAUGAUGAUGAUGAUGAUGACUAAAGCUAAAGCGAAUUUCUUUGUAAAUGUUAAGUUUUACGGCAAUGUCAAAGGCAGAAGAUGCAAUACCAAAUUCAGUCAAUAUUAUUUGUUCGACGAUUACCUCUCUCUCUCUCUCUCUCCCUCUCACCCAAUAUUUUGAAAACAUAUCGAGGACAAUUCAUAGAAAUUUAUUAAGUGAAUACCAAAUAAAAUAAACUGUAAAAGACAAA